UUGGGUUCCUCCAGGCUAGAAGCCGGCUGUCAGUCUCCGUGUCGCCGCCUCUGCCCGGCAUCGUGGAGCUGGGGACCCCUUUCUCCUGGGAGUUCUGUGGUCGCAUCGGGUCAGCGGUGACAUCCCAAAGGGCAGGCCCGGCAGCCGCCAUGGUGGCCAAGGAUUACCCCUUCUACCUCACGGUCAAGAGGGCGAACUGCAGCCUGGAGGUACCCCCGGCCAGCAGUCCAGCCAAGGACGCCGAGGAGCCUAGUAAUAAACGGGUCAAACCCCUUUCCAGAGUCACAUCACUAGCAAACCUCAUCCCUCCUGUGAAGGCCACACCAUUGAAGCGCUUCGGCCAAACCCUGCAGCGCUCCAUUAGCUUCCGAAGCGAAAGCCGUCCUGACAUCCUCAACCCUCGACCCUGGUCCAGAAAUGCCGCCCCCUCGAGCACCAAGCGGAGAGACAGCAAGCUGUGGAGUGAGACCUUCGAUGUGUGUGUCAAUCAGAUGCUUACAUCCAAGGAAAUCAAACGUCAGGAGGCAAUCUUUGAGCUUUCUCAAGGAGAAGAAGACUUGAUAGAGGACUUGAAAUUGGCAAAAAAGGCCUAUCAUGACCCCAUGCUGAAACUCUCCAUAAUGACAGAACAAGAGUUGAAUCAAAUUUUCGGAACACUGGACUCUCUAAUUCCUCUACAUGAAGAGCUCCUUAGUCAGCUUCGAGAUGUUCGUAAGCCUGAUGGCUCAACUGAACAUGUUGGUCCCAUCCUCGUGGGCUGGGGAACCACCCUGGUUAUGAGGAUCAGUCUCCCUGAUGGGUCAUCCUGCUCUCAUAAGCUUUCUCUGCAUAAAGAAACAACUUCUCAAUUGCCUUGUCUCAGCUCCUACGACAGCUACUGCAGCAAUCAAGUAGCUGCCAAAGCUCUGCUGGACCACAAAAAACAAGAUCACCGAGUCCAGGAUUUCCUUCAGCGCUGUUUAGAAUCCCCCUUUAGCCGCAAACUAGAUCUCUGGAAUUUCCUUGAUAUUCCAAGAAGCCGCCUGGUAAAAUAUCCUCUGCUUCUUCGAGAAAUCCUGAGGCACACACCAAAUGAUAAUCCAGAUCAGCAGCACCUGGAAGAAGCUAUAAACAUCAUUCAGGGAAUUGUGGCAGAAAUCAACACCAAGACUGGGGAAUCUGAAUGCCGCUAUUAUAAAGAGCGGCUUCUUUACUUGGAAGAAGGCCAGAAAGACUCCCUGAUUGACAGCUCGAGAGUGCUGUGUUGUCAUGGCGAACUCAAAAACAACCGGGGUGUGAAACUGCAUGUUUUCCUGUUCCAAGAAGUGCUUGUGAUCACUCGAGCCAUCACCCACAACGAGCAACUCUGCUACCAGUUGUACCGGCAGCCAAUCCCUGUGAAGGACCUCCUCUUGGAAGACCUGCAGGAUGGAGAAGUGAGAUUGGGUGGCUCUCUGCGAGGGGCAUUCAGCAACAAUGAGAGAAUUAAAAACUUCUUCAGAGUUACUUUUAAAAAUGGAUCCCAAAGUCAGACACACUCACUACAAGCCAACGACACCUUCAACAAACAGCAGUGGCUCAACUGUAUUCGUCAAGCCAAAGAAACAGUUCUGUGUGCUGCCGGACAAGCUGGGGUGCUUGACUCCGAGGGACCGUUCCUAAAUCCUGCCACAGGGAGCAGGGAACCACAGGGAGAAACAAAAUUUGAACAGAUGGACCAGUCGGACAGUGAAUCAGACUGUAGUAUGGACACAAGUGAGGUCAGCCUUGACUGCGAGCACAUGGAACAGACAGACUCUUCCUGUGGGAACAGCAGGCACGUUGAAAGCAAUGUCUGACAGAAGCACGUACUUCCUGAAAGUAGCCCUGUGUCUUACCUGUACAGUAUUUGCAUUCCACACACGGAACGGUUUGGAGAAGCACUUUUUAAUACUUUCGUGACCAUGUUGACCCCGUCUCUGUAUCUGUACCUUUGUCCCUAGUACUGUAACUGCCAAUCUGUCUAUGUAAGCUGGAAUCUGUGGCAACUGUUAUCCUAUAUUAUAUUUCACAAGUGUCUGGAUGGAUGGAGAGGUAGGUACUUGAACAAGUUAUUUUCAAAUGUCCUGCUGGAUUUAAAAAAAAAUAGAAAAUCUCUAAACUACUGCUUCAUGUAGAUUGCUUAGAGAGUCCUUCCAUGUUUCUCUAGUGCUUUUCUAGCUCUAUGACAUGGUAGCUGAAGGCACAGAAUUUAGAAGACCUUGCAAACAGGGCAUGAGGAAGACACUCGUGUAUUGUGAUGGCAUUUGAAAGAAAACCAGAAAAGAUCAAUCCUUUCAGUGAAUUUGGUUGGAUGUUAUCCAACCAGAAAGCAUGUAAACAUCCCUGGGGAUUCUGGAGGCUUAAUUUUGCAAAGGGAGAAGCACUCUCUUGACCUUGCAAUGUCAUCCAGUGUAAAUUUGAUGCAAUAAUCUAUUAGACCAUGAAAUAGAGUCUGGCCUUAAAAGGACCAGCACAAAAGCAGCUGUCAGCUUUGAAUCUUGACCUGAAAUGUGCAUUGUACCAGGGGGGUCUCUGUCAUAGUUGUUGGCUUGCCUUAGAGAACCAUUUCUAGCCUAAGCAUCAGACUAGAACUCAAAGGGCCUGGAAAAUUCUGGCAGGAUAAACAAGAAAACCCAUCUUCAUUUUGUUUCAUCUACCGAGGCCUACUCAUAUUUUAGAACACAAAUGAAGAGAUGAGAAAAAAGAGACUGAAACCGAGUAGUGGCUCUGUGUACAGAAACGUGUGAGAAGAAUUUGGAAGAAGUGCUUCAUCAUGACCUUAUGUGAGAAACAUUAAAAGAGAAAAGGAAGGUCUAGUGCCCUUCUGGAAAAGGCUGGAGCCUCGGGUUCUCCUGCUCUAUUUUUGGGUCAUGAGUUUGCUGUCUCUGGCUCUGUGCUGCAAUUAGAAUUAUAAUUACAUUCUCUAGAGGCCAACUUAAUUAACUCUACAGUUAAUUAGGAAUAGUUAGCCAAACUAGUAACCUCUUUGUCCAGCCUUGAUUUAUAAUGCAGGGUAGGUAGCAGAUCUUUAAAAAAGUUAACUGAAUACACAGAAAAGCUCUCUGUGAGUGUAAAUAUUAAGGAUGACCUGUGCAAAAUUAUACCCACACCGGCACUAGUAGUAAUGAUUCUAAAUUAUUGCCAAAAAAGUUUUAUCUUCCGUGUCUUUCAAGUUUACAGAAAGGAAAGCAGUAAAUACUAUGUCAUUUUAUUAUAUACAUCUAUCAUGUGCAUUCAGAGAAGCUGUGUGACAAGAUUUAUCAAUAUAAAAACAAGGUAUAUUAUUUUUCAAAAACAAAAAAGUUGUGGUCAAUUUUAUCCCGUAAACAUAUUUCUGUAUUUAUAGAUUUUAAACAUGGUGAACUUUGUUUCUAUUACAAGUUUAUUUAAAACUGCUUCAUUUUUCAAGUUGUUAUUGAUUUAGCAAAUGAAUGAACCUGCUGUGGACAGAAGUAGAGAAAAGUUAGAUGAUGGGGAAAAGAAUGAAUUGUUAUUUGCAGGAGCCAUUGGCCACUUUGACCAGUGUGUUGAAAAAAGAGGUCUGUCAAGUGCUAGCCUAUUGGAAGAAAGUCAACGAAUGUUUUGAUGAAAUGAAUGUUUUUGUAUAAUGGCCUUAAACUUUUCUGGAGGCAUUUCAAAUAAAUGAUAUUAAAAUGUUG